AUGUGGCAGUUCAUAAGGUCACACAUACUAACGGUGCUAAUCUUCAUUGGGGCUGCUCAUGGAAUACUGGUUGUGGGCCCCAAAACCAUUCGGGCUAACCAGGAUUAUACGGUGGUGAUCAGUAACUUUAACUUAAAUAUGAGCAAAGUGGACGUGAUGCUACGAAUCACUGGGCACAGCGAUAAUCGUACAAACAUUCUGGACUUAACAAAGACAGUUGAAAUGCCUGUGGACUUAUCAGCUGGGAAUUAUAAAAUCGCCAUCGACGGGCAGCGUGGCUUUAGCUUUCACAAGGAAGCCGAAUUGGUACACCUUAGCAAAACCAUAGCCGGUUUAAUACAGAUCGAUAAGCCCGUGUACAAACCAGGCGAUACGGUAAACUUUCGUGUGAUUGUGCUGGACUCUGAGCUGAAGCCACCUGCACGGGUAAAAUCAAUCCAUGUGACAAUCAGUGAUCCUCAAAAAAAUGUGAUCAGGAAGUGGUCGACAGCCAAACUGUACACCGGAGUGUUUGAGAGUGAUCUUCAGAUCGCGCCUACUCCAAUGCUCGGAAUGUGGAACAUCUCGGUAAAGAUAGAGGGGGAAGAAAUCGUAUCAAAAACGUUCGAGGUGAAGGAAUAUGUGUUGUCCUCGUUUGACGUAGAGGUAGUACCGUCUGUCGUUCCUCUGGAGAAGGAUCAAAGUUUGACUCUGCAGAUAGAGGCUAACUACCAUUUUGGAAAACCGGUAAAGGGAGUUGCUAAGUUUGAGGUGUACUUGAGAAACGGUUUUCUGGACCAGAAGCAUCAGUUUGAAGUGAAUGGGAAGAGGCAAGUGGAGCUGCGUUUCAAAAAUUACUUCGAAGUACUCGCAGAUCGGCAAGACGUGCUUGUAAAGACGACAUUUAUCGAGCAGACUACAAAUCGCACUGUCGUGAAACAAUCUCACAUCACAGUGUACAAAUAUAAGUACGGUGUGCAAUUGAUUAAGGACAGUCCACAAUUUCGGCCAGGACUUCCUUUUAAGUGUGCGCUUCAGUUCCGAUACCAUGAUGGAACACCUGCUAAAGGUAUCACCGGUAACGUGGAAGUGUCGGAUAUUGAUUACGGAACAACUGCCACUAGUGACGAUGGAGGUUUGAUAAAACUGGAGCUCAAUCCAAGUGACAAUAUAGACGAGAUGAAUAUCAACUUUUCUGACGAUGACAACGGUUUCUUCUUUGGCGCCGUUGUGGAAAAAGUGGACGUCGUGACGAAUGCGUACCUCAAAUUGGAACUAAAGUCUCCUGUUAAAUUGAACCGAAUGUUGCGACUUACGAUAACGUGCAACGAACGUAUGACAUUCUUCUUGUACUACGUAGUGACAAAGGGCAAUAUAAUUGAUUCCGGUUACAUGAGACCAAACAAGCAGAACAAAUAUCCCUUACAGUUGAACGCCACCGAAAAGAUGAUACCGAAAGCGAAACUUAUCGUAGCUACUGUAGCAAGUAGUGUAAUUGUGUUCGAUUAUGUAGACAUCGAUUUCACAGAUCUGCCAUAUGUUCUAUAUAAUGAUAGCUUGAACGUACCCCAAAUCGAAUCAGAACUCAUGCCCGGACGUCAAAGUGCUUACUACAAGAACAGCCAUGAACUGCUCUGGGAGGACAUUAUGCCACUGUAUAAUGAAUUUUAUGCUAUCGAGGAUAAUGACUUUGACAAAUUCCAUCGGGAGGACGCACAUUCUCUUACGCGUCGUGCCGGGCUACUGUUCCAGCAGCACUGUGACGAUCAGUGCCGCAAGAUGUAG